UAUUAGUAAGCAUAGUCACAGUAUUUAUUUUAUUAAAUUUUAUCAUUAUAGAUGGUGAUUGGGAAAAUUAUAUCUAGCGUAUCACCGCGAACAUUUUUUUGCUGCGGUACUAUUUGUUUCUAGGCGAAAGGAAACAAACAUGGCGGACAACGGUGUAUCGGAUCACUCUUCUCCUGUGGUGGAGGGAAAUGUUGUUCAUGUGGGAGGUGAAACUCACGUACUAAAUUAUGAUACCAACAUUUUAUCUCUAGAUAAUAUGAUUAAUGAUUCAGCAGUCAUAGAUAGAGAGGAGAUAACUGACGAGUUGGACGAUGCAGAUGAUGAAGUUGAUGAAGAAGAUGUCGAGCUAUCCCCUGGAGGGAUUCUGGAUGAGGAAACUAUUGGCCGAGGUCUUUCUAACCUGGGACGAUCAGCAGAUGGGGCCAUGCAAGUCUAUCUACAUGUCACAGUACCGGGAUUCAGUCUUAAAGAUAUUGAAAUGAUCGAAAUGUUUGUCCACCUUCAAAAAGUGGAGCUUCCUUACAAUGAAAUCACAGAUCUCAGUCCAUUGAGUCACCUGAAAUACAUGUUGAUCCUGGAUGUUUCACACAAUAAGAUCAAUCGCCUUCUCGACUUUGAGCCACCAAAGAAUCUGAAGGAAGUUGAUCUCUCAUACAAUGAGAUUACAGAGAUGUCCGACCUGUCGCAGCAUCAUUAUCUGAUGAAACUCAAUCUGAACCACAAUCAUAUAUCUGAGAUACAUGGCCUACAAAACUGCCAGAGAUUGAAUACUCUACAACUAGCCCACAACAAAAUCUCAAAGAUACAGGGACUUGAUUGCCUGCCAAUUCAACAUCUGGACCUGUGCCACAAUCAGAUUAAGAGGAUAGAAAAUCUAGAAACUUUGAAGAAAUUGCUGAGAGUGAAUUUUGCUGGAAACAAUAUCCGAAGCCUGAAGGGAUUGCAGGAACAUGACCUUUUGGAGUCCAUUGACCUUGAGGACAAUGAGGUGAUAGAUAUUUCAGAAGUCAAAUAUAUACAAGAUUUGGAGAUGUUGCGAGUGUUGAAUUUAUUAAGGAACCCAAUCCAGGAGCUUCCAGAUUAUCGAUUGUCCAUACUGUAUAGGAUGCAGAGACUGAAUGAGCUGGAUCGUCACCGAGUGGAAGCUGAGGAAAAGGUGGCAUCCGUAAACAUGUUCAACCCACCACUGGAGGUGAUUGCAGCCAGGGACCAUAUCAUGCAUGUUGUUUAUUCCUUCCUGCAGCUUAGCCGAGUCCUUGACAGCACACUACCCAGUAUAGAGACACCUUACCCCAUGUUAGUUCUGGUAGGACCCCAGGGAUCUGGCAAGAAGAACCUCGCCAUGAAGCUGGUUGACGAGUUUUCAGAUUACUUUGGAUAUGCAGUGUCUCACACAACACGAAAAAAGCAGCCGGAUGAGACUGACGGGGUUGACUACCAUUUUGUGACUCUGGAAAAAUUUGAAAUGGAUAUCAAAAUGGGCCAGUUUCUCCAGACCUACCAGUACCACGGCGACUGGUACGGCCUACAGAUGGAGUCUAUAGAGAGUGUGGCCAGGGAGGGACUGGCCUGUGUCGUUCACAUGGAGUUAGAGGGUGUACUGACGAUUAAAAACACGUACUUCGAGCCACGCUACGUUUUAAUCAUGCCACUUGGUCGUGACUGCCAUGAGAAGCGCCUGAGAGAAAAAGCAGCAUACACAGAGAGCCAGAUAGAGUACACCCUGUCACGAGGCGAUCUGUAUGCUGGCUACAACCAGGAGCACCCAGGAUUUUUCGAUAUGAUGAUCGAUAGUGAUGACAUUCAGGUUGCAUACAAACGCUUACGGCGAUUGGUCAUGGACUACUUAGGAAUCAGCCUCAACAGAUCACCAGCGGGUUCUAUUGACGGUGACGCCGAAACACAUAUAGAAACUGAUGUCCAUGGAACAACGCAGAUAGGAACUAGGACAUGGUCCAAACCAAGUAUCGCAGAUAGUGCAGGGAUGUCUCAGGCCUACACACGAACAAAGGCUACGCAGUCUCCCGUACAGUCAGGGCGUGGCAUGCUUGAAGAGGCAUCUUGGAGAAGAAGACAUAGUGCAGCUAGGGAUGCUGUAUCAGGCUAUAUCCCUCCACUGUUUGAACAGAUUGUAACCCAGUAUCCAAAGACAGCACCCCAGACAGUUGAAGGCCAGAUGGGGCUAGGGGACGGAGAGGUCAGUAGGUCAUACUCUGCCCCUGUACAGAAACCACCACAUGCUGAAUCAGAUGAGGACAGUUCUAGUGAUGAACGCUCCGACUCCAUGUUGUCAGUUGCCUCAGCCGGUGAUAUGGGUGGGGGUUCACCAGAGGGUUCAGUCCACGGUGGAGGCAAAGGUCCCCAGUUACCCACAGAAACCAUGAACCCGUUAGAAUUUAUGGAGGAGGAAAAGGGGGGCAAAUCUCAAACCAGUCAGCCAGCAGAAAUCCACGAAGCAAGGCCGCCAUCUGCCCCACGACCGGGGUCAAGAAGUCGGCCAGGAUCAGAUCGACAUAAAGUGCUGCCCCCUAUAUCCCCCAUUCCAAAAGUGAACUAUAUUCCUGAAUAUUAAUUGUUAUUGUUUUGAUAUUAUUAUUGACAGAAUCUUGAUAAUUUCACAAAUGUGACUGAAAAUUGUGGACUUGUUUACCACAGCAGUGACAUACUGGUUUGUGGCUCACACUGGAGAGUAAACAUCAGCCUGUGUGUUUGUUUCUUAGAAUGUGCUUUGAUUUCAAAUGACAAACA